UAAUAUUCACGUCUUCUCUCCGCCUAGGGUUCGGGUUUCCAUUCGUCACGGAGGCAGAAGUACGGCAACGUGUUCAAGACCCAUCUGCUGGGCCGGCCUCUGAUCCGAGUGACGGGUGCAGAGAACGUGCGGAAAAUUCUGAUGGGCGAACACACGCUGGUGACCACGGACUGGCCUCAGAGCACCGCCACGCUGCUGGGACCAAACUCUCUGGCCAACAGCAUCGGAGACAUCCACCGCAAGAGGAGGAAGGUGUUUGCCAAAGUGUUCAGCCACGAGGCCUUGGAGUCCUACCUCCCCAAAAUCCAGCAGGUCAUCCAGGACAGUCUUCGAGUGUGGAGCUCCAACCCCGAGCCCAUCAACGUCUACAGGGAGAGCCAGAGAUUGUCGUUCACGAUGGCGGUGAGGGUGCUGCUGGGAUUCAGGGUGUCGGAGGAGGAGAUGAGGCAUCUGUUCUCCACCUUCCAGGACUUUGUUGACAACCUCUUCAGCCUGCCUAUAGACCUGCCCUUCAGCGGAUACAGGAAGGGUAUCCGUGCACGAGACGCCCUGCAGAAAAGCAUAGAAAAGGCCAUCAGAGAGAAGCCGUUGUGUUCCCAGGGGAAGGAUUACAGCGACGCACUCGACGUCCUGAUGGGGAGCGCCAAGGAAAACGGCACCGAGCUCACCAUGCAGGAACUGAAGGAGUCCACUAUCGAGCUGAUCUUUGCCGCCUUUGCCACCACGGCCAGUGCGAGCACCUCACUAAUCAUGCAGCUCCUCAAACACCCUACCGUCCUGGAGCGCCUGAGGGAGGAGCUGAGGGUCCGGGGGCUUCUCCACAAUGGCUGCCUUGUGCCCGGAGAGCUGGGGCUGGACACCAUCGUGAGCCUCAAGUACCUGGACUGUGUCAUCAAGGAGGUGCUGAGACUCUAUACCCCCGUCUCAGGGGCCUACCGGACCGCCAUGCAGACCUUCGAACUCGACGGAGUCCAGAUUCCAAAGGGCUGGAGUGUGAUGUACAGCAUUCGGGACACCCACGACACCGCGGCCGUCUUUAAGGAUGUGGACGCCUUCGAUCCUGACCGUUUCAGCCAGGAGCGAGGAGAAGACAAAGAGGGACGGUUCCACUACCUGCCGUUCGGUGGCGGUGUUCGGUCCUGUCUUGGCAAACAACUGGCGACCCUCUUUCUCCGUAUCCUCGCCAUCGAGCUGGCCAGCACCAGCAGAUUCGAGCUCGCAACCCGGGAGUUUCCACGGGUGAUCACGGUACCGGUGGUCCACCCUGUCGACGGGCUGAAAGUCAAGUUCUACGGAUUGGACUCCAACCAGAACGAGAUCAUGGCCAAGUCAGAAGAGCUGCUGGGAGCCACUGUUUGAAGGGCAGAGAGCUGAAGAGUCGAGGGGAGAGUGAUCGCAGAAGUCUUUAAAGGAGAAGAUUGAAGGAAGGAAAGAAAUAAGUUCUUAUUUUUUCUCCUCCACCACCAAGUUGGAGGUUCCUUUUCAGACUAAGAGAAAAGUCUUUGUCUCUUUCUUGUUACAACUGAUGAUGAUCAGGACUUUCCUCUGAGAGAGAAACUGCCAAAAAACUUCUUAAUUAUUCUCUAUUCUGUGUAUUUUUUUAAGGAAAUAUACAAACUAAAUGUAUGUACAAACAAAAAGCUAUGUAAUAUAAUUUGAAAAAGAAAGGUGGGUAGUGCACAAUGGGAGAAAGAAAAGUAUGGUGGUACUUUUGGGAAUAUGAAGUGUUGAAAGAAGAGAAAAUGGUUGUGAUUUGGAUGACACAGGGUAUAGGACGGAAGAAGAUUACAUUAAAUGCAGUGAACCAGUUUAAGAGCAGGGUAAAUGAGAUGGAUAUAUAGACUGAUAGUUUGACAUGUUCUCCAUGGCACCACCAAGAUUCAACUCAUGCAAUCUGCUAAUCUAAACAAGAGUAUAUAUAUAUCAUUGGUGGCAUUGUGUUCCCAUUGAAUUCAAAUUGUUUACUAGCUUACAGAUGCAGUAAAUGAAUGAUCAUAGCACAGGUACAAUGUGUUGCUGAGUUAGUCCAAUCGAACAGCAGAUGUUAAAGGACAUAGCUUACAAAUAAGGCAUGUAGUUCUGAUGGAGAGGAUAUACUGGGUGCAUAUUUGAACGGGUCAAACACAUUACAUUCGAGGGCAAUUUCUUUCUAGUAUUCCCUUUAUGCUUUUAUUCCACAAAGCAGCCUGUACACUUAAUGAUCUGUACACGUUCCUAUAAUGCUUCCAUCCAUGUAUCAUACAGUGGAAUAAGCUUCAACUCUCCGUCCACAAAAACAUAUCAGGGGUUUCCGGUGCACUUCUGCAAACCAAGGAAGCAUUGAAGUUGAACUCACAAUUGGUAUCACUUUAAAGUAACUGAAUCAAAGUCAAUGAGUCUGCUUUGUCCACUCUCCAAACCUGUGCUUUGAUACACAAACUACACUUUGAUGUUGCGUUGAGAUUGUACUCUUUCGGACUUUAUCUUGCAACAAGUCGAUAAAGAAGUCGCCCUCAUGAAACCGAGAGUAACUGGAGGAGGAAAGAAGAGACGGAGUGGAGAAAAACCUACAUACAUGCUGCUUGAGUGUUGCUUUGUCAUUCUGUGUUUGUGUGCUGAUUAUUUUAUUUUUUCUCGUCUCCUUGGUGCAGCCAUUUUGAGUUGUGUGGAGAAGGUGACAUGUUGUCUUGCUGCUCCUCCAAUCAACGCUAAGAAUGCAAAACAAAUUAAAAGUCCAUGGUUUAAGCAACUUUAUUAGCUAUGAAGAGAUGUAUUGUUUGAGGUGAUUGCACAAUCAGGACUCUCAGAGCUUUGCGACUUCCAUAUUUUUGGAGAAGGAAGACUUUGUUCUUGGUUCCGAUACGUAGAACAAAAAGGAAAAAAAAAGCUACCCGCCACGAACUCUGGGACUCGUUCGCGGAACUCUCGGACAUUCUAGAACCCCCCCGGAUGGAGUUCUAAGUUCCGAACGGAAGCUCGAGAGAGAAAGAAAGGACCAAUGAGGUUUCAGGGGUCACGCUCUUAUUGGACGAUCCUGUUGUCCAAUAGCAUUCCAGAUGGAUUCUGCCUGUGCUAGACAUUGUUCACUCUUUCUACCAACCACACCACUGAUUUCUUCACGAUAAAAAAAUAGAGUUUUUUUGCUGCUUUUCUUGUGUAUAUUUUCUAUUUGAGAGUUCUAGAUUGCAAUAGUUUGUAUCAAGUGCUUUUUUAAUCAUUACAAAUAAUGAUUAAAUGUGUGCGUUUUGUGAAAGCAAGGAGCAUAAAUAGAUUAUAGUGUAUAUUAAUUUGUACAAUAUUCCUCCCUUUAGCAAGCCAUGUGGAAAAUCAGCUAUUUACGUCUACUAAUAACCUAAUAGUAAUGUUAUUGUACGAUUAAUAUUGUUGUUAUAAGAUAUUUGAAAUGCUAUUUUUUAUUCUAUUACAGAUCUAGAGUUUUUAGCCUAAAUGAGAAGGUAAAUAUUGGAUGUAUUUAGAAUGUUAUGUAUUUCAGUUAUAUUGUAAACAGUGUUUAAAAUGUUAAUAUUGUUGAUUUGAUAACUGUAAUAAUUAUUUUUUGUUUUGUUAUUCAGACUUAUUAUCACUGCAUUUUAUUUGAUAUUAAUUAUGGAAAACAGAAAGCACUUGCGAGGUAUGUCUAUGUUUUAAGUGCCAUGCGACUACACGUCCCCUUCCUCUCACCUGUUGGUCUUAUGUCAUUCUGUACAUAAUAUUUGUAUUUCUUUUUACAGGAAAAAUGUUUCAUUUAGUUUAAAUAUGAAUGUCUACUUUCUUCCUUUCCUUUUUUUGUUACCGUGAUUGUUAAAUGUACUCCUGUAAUAAACUAUAAAGUAAAGAUAUCUGAA